AUGGAGCUAAAAGUCUAUUUGGAGGAACUCAAGAAAGGCCCUGCAAAUAUUCUGGAGCUGCUCGGCUACCUUGGUGCGUACCAAAAAGAUGCCGAACGACUGCAAAUAGCAUCAACGCUGAUCAAUCAUACCCUCAGCGUAUACAAGCUAGCAGACGAGGAAGUGCGACGGGUGAUCUGCGAUCUUCUGUGUUGCAGAGUUGGUCUGGGCCAAUUGGUGUUGCAAUGCAAACGGAAAUUGGACGGGAAUGUUGCACAGGCACUGGCCGAUACUGUCAGUGCGCCCAGGUUCAAACAGAUUUUGACAAACGUCCAGCAUAGCGAACUGUCAGAAUUACGGUCUUUGCUGACUGUUAGGGUAUAUGAGGAGCUUAAUAGGGCUGCCACAGAGCUACGCAGUGACGAAUUGAGGGAAGCAGCAGAUAGGUACCCAAAGUGUCUCCUUGACCUGGCACUUUCUUCAAGCGUUGCUGACUGGAGGUUUGUGAACGGUUGUUUGAGGAUGCACGCAGUGGAUCCUUUUGAGAAGACCGUUUACACUCGUUUGGUGGCCAAGUUUAACGACAAGAAUGACAUGGCAUUCCUAAAGCGGCUUUUAGGACUUAUAGAGUCUGCUAUUCAGGACAGCAACGUUGCUGGCUACAAUAAACUAAUUGGCGAGCUCGAGAUCCACGACUGGCCCACAGCAGUCUCGUUUGUGGUAAACUCUCCUCUGGAACUGCAGAAGGUUGUUGUUGGUCGUUUGCAGGCGGAUGAAUCACUUGUUCAAAGGUACAUUUCGCUGUUCUCGUUGAAAUCGUAUAUUCAGCAGACGUCAUUCAGCGAACACGAGCGUUUGACUCGGCUUUUGCUCUUGUUGCUGCGGAAGCUGAAUGACACACAGAUAAAGGACAUAUCGACGCAAGGCGAGUUUCUGGACGCCAUCAGCAACCAUUUGGAGUCGAACUCGCCGAAGGUGAGGUUUUUCGGGAUGGUUGUGGGCGAUUUAAUUUACGAACGAUUGAAUAAAAAGCCAAUGUUUGACAUUGAGGAGCACAAUCGGGAGAGAGAAAUAUUUAUGAACAAAAUUACUAAACCAAUUCCCGACUGCACACUUGAGGAAGCAUUUUCCAUCAUCAGAAGCAAAGAACAAACCAUAGAAAGACAAUUCACAGAGACGAAAAUUAUUAAACCAGCUCCCGUCGUCAUCGACUCUGACCCAGAGGAUUCCGACGACGAGACGGUUCCGCGCAAACGCACUGUUCCGACGCCUGUCUACCUCAAAGAGGUGAUAUCGUAUUUACAGGCAGACUCCCAGAAAGACCAGCUUGCGUACGAAAAACACGAAAUUCUGUACAAAGUGCUUGCUCCGCUGGUUCGUACGAAAGCAAACAGCCAGGAGCUCCAUUUCUACAGCGAGGCGCUGCUGGACUUGGUAUUGAGCCUUCCGAAUUCGUACAAACUUGCCGACUUCGAGUCGUGGCGACUAUCGUGCUGCAUAGCCAUAUGCGUUGGCGAUUUUGAGCAGGCAGCGGCGUUCCUUAUCAAGAGCUUUUUUUCUGGCGACAUUUCGCUAAAUAGACGAAUUUUGAUCUUGAGCUGUUUGAGUCUGAGUGCCAGAGAGAAGGCAGGGCUCAAUGAUGAGUUUGUGGCUGGUAAAGAGACGGUGCCCGGUUUAGGACCGCAGCGGCUACCAGAAAAUAUACACAGACAAUUUAUUCAGUAUGAAGAGCAGCAGAAACCGGAGCUCAAAAGUAUCACCGAGCAGAUGGACACGCUGAAGCUGACGGGCACGGUAACGCGCAUCUCGUCGCGACUGACCAAGAAAAAGCCGACCAAAACCAAAGACACGCGGUUCAUCAACAACGAGCUGCCAAAAAUGUAUUUCCUGCUGGUUUCGACCUGGCAAUACGUGAACUCGAAAACAGGCUCUGGGUUUGUGAUUGGCCACUAUUCGCCGAUCCUUAACUCGCAUUUUCUAAGGACGCUCGCGCUGAUACUCGACUGCGCAAUUCCGUCCUCGAUCCAGGUGCUGGACAUGGUGCGGGAGCUGGUGCUAAUUUUAGCGGAGCACAUGAAACAGCUGGUGGUGCAGUACGAGGAGAUUGUUUUGGAGGCGGUGCUUGCCGGGCUGAGGACGGCGGUGCAAUGCGAUAACAGCCUGCUUCGCCAGCUCGUCGGUCCAGAACUAAUUGCUAUGCGAGACUAUCUGGAGAUAUUACUGGCAAAUGGGGUUUUAAACGAAACUACCAUACAAAACUGCGGCCAUAUAGUAUCAGAGAUUAACAGAAUAGCAUCUCCGUUUGCCUAG